AGCAUAAUUAUGAACUUUAUCUGGAUGCUAAGAAGUUUAAUAUCAAUAUGAGUAAACUUAAUCAAAAUGAACUAAGGAUAAUUAAGGAGCUUCAUGAUAAUGGAAUUCAGACAAAAAAUAUAUAUGCUGUUUGGCCUCUACAAGUUCAAA